AUGUGGCUCCAAUCUGGCAGCGGUGCUAUCGGGAGCCCGGGCUUUGCAGAUGUUCCGGGGGUCCCCUCUUUCCUCCAACGCGUGGGACCCCUCCAGCGCCACGAGUGGGAGGUCGACGCGAAAAGAGAGGGGUCCGGAUCAAGGCCUGUGACUGUGACAAUCCGUGUCAGGCUGGAGCUGGGGGACCGCGGGUGUGCGAGGGGGGGAGGGAGGGAGGGAGGCGGUGGCGCUGGCACGGCGCCGCUUGUCUCUGGCGCGCACACAGACGCCGCUCUGUUCUCUUGUAGUCGAGCACAAGAGGAACACCUUCGGAGGUUCAGAGGUAAGCCAGAUCUGUCCGAGGCGCUUCUGACGGCCGCCCGCCUUUGUUCUCCCACCAGCGCUAACCUUGGUCCGCCGUCACUCGGAUCUGACGCCGCGGCUUUGGCACAAAAACGCGAUCCGAGAAGACGCCACGACGGAUUCUUUGAUCGCAGUGUUGUCAGUCGAGUUCCUCUUGGCUUUCUUUCUCAUUAG